AUGACCGGAACUGACAAACUGAAGCUUUUUGUUAUUGGCAAGUCGAAGUCGCGUUGCUUCAAGAAUAUCAAAACGCUUCCGGUGACGUACACGGCCAACGCCAAGUCGUGGAUGACUCGGUCACUGUUUGAGCAGUGGCUGCGGGAUAUGGACCGCCGUUUCGUAAAAGAAAAAAGGCGUGUCCUGUUUCUUGUCGACAACUGCCCUGGUCAUGGGCAAGUCGCCGGACUUGAAGCCAUUCGUGUGGAGUUUCUGCCCGCGAAUACAACGGCGAAGCUCCAGCCCAUGGACCAGGGAGUGAUCAGCAGUCUCAAGAGGCACUACCGCCGAUCACUUCUCCAAAGGAUGUUGCUCUGCUUGGAGAGCAAUAAGCAGUACGUGGUGGACCUUCUGGCUGCUGUGCAUUUGCUGAGCAAUGCAUGGAGCCAAGUAACUGAAGCGACAAUUGCGAAUUCAUUCCGCCAUGCGGGAUUUGUCGCUCCAGACGAUGACAGCGCACCUGACAGUCCAACCGAGGAUUGCGGCAGUGACAACGAGGAGGAGGCUGCAUUGCUUUCUUCACUAGGGACCAAGGCGUCGUCGUGGACAUGA